AUGAGUAGUGAUACAGAGUCGAUAGAUCAAGAUGACUAUGCUAUUGAAGAUGAGAAUGAAUUGCUAAUGCACAACCAUAACACGCUUCCUAAGAACUGUAAGAAGUAUUGGAACAAGAGAUACAGUUUGUUCAGUAAAUUUGACGAAGGUAUCUUCAUGACAGCAGAACUUUGGUUCUCAGUCACCCCCGAAGAUAUUGCCAUAUAUACUGCCCAGCUAGUACUGGAGCUCAUGCCCGAAGCUCGUAAUAUAUUGGAUAUAUGCUGCGGUGGUGGAGGAAACACCAUACAAUUUGCUAACUAUUUUCCAAGUGUAGGAUCUAUCGAUAUCAACCCGACCAAUAUGAAGUGUACAAUGCACAAUGCAGCUGUAUAUGGAGUGGAAAACCGAAUAUGGCCCAAAGUGGGCGACUGGAACCAAUUCAGCCUGGUUUUACCUGAUGGAUCACCAAAUCAGAAGUGGAUCCCCCAGCAUCUACGCAAUACUACAACCCCGUCGGCCAUAUUUGACUUCAUAUUCUGUUCUCCUCCAUGGGGUGGUCCAUCCUACAAAGAUGCCGAUGGAUUCGACGUGUACAACAUGCAGCCAUUCCCCAUCAACCAAUUAUGCCAUCAGGUGAUGCAAUAUACCCAGAACUAUGGGCUUUUUCUUCCCAGAAGCACCAACCUCGACCAACUCAGACGCUUAACCACUGAAUUAUACGGAGACUCGGGCAAAUGUCGUAUUAUCUUUUUGAAUAUUAACGGCUAUUGCAAAGGUCUACUUGCGCUCUUUGGUCCUACAGUUUCUGCCGAAUCAGCCGAUUGUCAUUCGUUUCUCCCCGAGGAAGAAUACACAGCCUACUAA